CCCACUCCGGAUUCUGCUGCACUGAGUGCCGAAGAGCAGAAGAAGAAAGAUAGGCGAGCGCGUGCUGAGGCCUGGAAGAAAGCGCAAGACGCAAAGAGGGCAUUAAGUGAAGCUAAGGCUAAGGCAGCCGCCUUAGCUGCUGGGAAGAACUCUACUAGUACUUCUGCCACACCUGCUGUCAUUCCGCCCUCAGUGCCACCGAAACCCACGGUGCAGAUUAGUCGUGCAGCUCUGAAUGGCCUGGGUUUGAAAGGAUUGCCAAUUAAGCAAGAGUUGUCGAAAGCUGCGGCUAAGACGGCUAAGACUGUUGUUUCUAUGGACGAUUUUGCAGAGACAGAUCGCAAGUUGAUCAAACUUGGCGAUAUGCCUGCCGUGGAUCUAGCCCAAGUGGAGGGGACCAGUGUCGGGGAGAAUCUUGAGGCGGACGACGACGAGGACGACGUCUUUCCUCCAGAUGUGGCCAUGAAGGAUGCCCAGGAGGAGGAGGAGGAAGACGAGGUCGAUCCAUUGGAUGCUUACAUGACGGAUGUUACUAAGGAGGUCAAAAAGGUGAAUGCACAGGACCGUCUCAAAUUGGACGGGAGAGCGCUGCCUGGUGAUCCCGAUGCUGGGGAGGAGGCAGAUGAGGUGGAAGUACCUAAUGUCGUAGACGAGCUCGACACAACAAAUAUGAAGCCCGAGGAGAUUCUCGCUCUGGCAGCCAAAAAGGUCAAAAAGAAAGAACUGGCAGAUGUCGACCACUCCAAGAUCAAGUAUGAACCGUUCCGGAGCGAUUUUUACCGCCCUGCUCCAGAAGUCGAAGAAAUGGACCAAGAAGAUGUGGAUUUAUUGAGACUUGCUCUGGAUGGCAUCAAAAUUCGGGGUGUGGAAUGCCCCAAGCCAGUUACAAAAUGGAGUCAUUGCGGACUUCCCGCCGCCACUCUCGAUGUGAUCAAACGCCUUGGAUAUGCCGCACCCACUGCCAUUCAAUCACAGGCCAUUCCCGCCAUCAUGUCUGGCCGCGACGUCAUUGGUGUAGCGAAGACUGGUUCUGGGAAGACAAUCGCAUUCCUUUUACCGCUUUUCCGACAAAUUAAAGACCAGCGUCCUUUGGAGACUAUGGAAGGUCCUAUGGCAAUAAUCAUGACACCAACUCGCGAACUGGCACUCCAGAUCCAUCGCGAGUGCAAGCCUUUCCUUAAAGCUCUCAACUUACGUGCUGUGGCUGCCUAUGGUGGCACGCCAAUUAAGGAUCAAAUUGCAGAAAUGAAGAAGGGCACUGAGAUCGUUGUUUGCACUCCUGGCCGGAUGAUUGAUUUGUUGUCAGCAAACUCUGGUAGAGUAACGAACUUGAAGCGUGUCACAUACCUUGUGUUGGACGAAGCUGACCGAAUGUUCGACAUGGGCUUUGAGCCUCAGGUGAUGAAGAUCGUGAAGAACAUUCGGCCUGACAGACAAACCGUCUUAUUUUCUGCGACGUUCCCUAAGCAGAUGGACUCUCUAGCCCGGAAGAUUCUGACCAAACCUCUCGAGAUUACCGUUGGUGGACGCAGUGUCGUUGCACCCGAAAUUGAGCAGAUCGUUGAGGUUCGUGCGGAGGAUACCAAGUUCAAUCGACUUCUGGAGAUUCUGGGCCAGACAUAUUAUGAGGAUAAAGAUACCCGGACUCUUAUAUUUGUCGACAGGCAGGAAGCCGCGGACAAUUUACUUCGUGAACUGAUGCGCAAAGGAUACUUGUGCAUGUCCCUUCAUGGUGGCAAAGAUCAAAUUGACCGUGACUCUACUAUCGCGGACUUCAAGAACGGUGUAUUUCCAAUUCUCACUGCUACCAGUGUUGCUGCACGUGGCUUAGAUGUCAAGCAACUGAAGCUAGUCAUCAACUACGAUGCUCCUAACCAUAUGGAGGAUUAUGUACACCGCGCUGGUCGCACCGGAAGAGCGGGGAAUACCGGAACGUGUAUUACUUUCAUCGCUCCCGAUCAAGAGCGCUACUCUGUUGACAUAUGGCGAGCCCUCCAAGCGAGCAAUGCAGCCUCCCCUCCAGAACUUGAAGAUAUGGCUAGAGAGUUCUUGCAGAAAGUGACAGAAGGCAAAGCACGUCAAUACGAAGGCUCAGGUUUCGGUGGAAAGGGUCUUGAGAAACUCAAUCAAGAACGCGAAGCCAAGGACAGAGCUCAGCGGAAUGCCUACGGUGAAAUUGUGGAGGAAAAACGACCCGCAGAAGAAGAUGGAGAGGCUGCGGCCACCUUUGAUUUCAAAGUCGAAGUCAGACGGGGACCUGCCCCUGAAGCCUCGAAGACUGGGAUCAUUCCCGUGCCUGCUGAGACCAGGGAGGAGGCAGAAAGACGUGCGGCAAGCAUGCGUGCAGCAGAGGAAACCCUUGCAAGGAAUUCUGCCUCCAAUUCUGCAGCCGCGAGUGCUGCAGCUCGUCAGGCGCAAAGCGUUAUCGCUAAACUCAAUGCUCAAGUACGCGCCACCAAGCUUGCCCUCCAGGCAUCCUCAACUCCUAUUGGAGAUGGCACUGGCAAACCUGACGCGACGGACUUCCACGCCAUCGUGCCUAUCAAUGACUAUCCCCAAAAAGCUAGGUGGAGGGUCACGAACAAGGAGACCAUGGUUCAGCUUAUUGACAUGACUGGUGCUUCGGUAACUAACAAGGGUAAAGUCCUUGCUGGGGUCUUCCUUUCUAUAUCGGGCAUUGGACUUAUUUUCAAUCACUCCUCUCUCCGAUUAAGGUAUUUACUAUGACUCUGGAAAGGAGCCAGCACCCGGUCAGCCACCUAAACUGCAUUUGCUCAUUGAGUCAAAUGAUGAGAUGAAGGUGAGCCCUCCGUUGCCCCAUUUGCCACAGCCUCCGUACUUGUGCACCCCGAUACGGAAUUGUACCCGAUAUCAGCAGUCGGCGGGUAUCUGUCGGAUGCCCACCGCCAUCACCCAUCUGCAUGAACAAUUUUUCGUCGUGUUCAGAUCAUUUCUCAUCCCUCUGUUCCGUUGAUUGAUGAUACACGUCUCUGACUUGUGACUCUGUGCAAGGUGGAACGUGCGGUGCGCGAAAUCAAACGUCUGCUUAUCGAAGCAUCUACAGCCGCUCUUCAAGCUGAAGCGAGAAACCCGACUGCAAUUGGACGCUAC